AUGGAAAAGCACAAGGCUAAGUUUGAUAAACUCAUGAAGGAGAUUGACCUGAAGCUGCCUUUUAUUGAUGCAUUAAUGCUCAUCCCUCCUUACCAGAAGCAGGAAACAAAGAAAGAAGAGCUAGAGGUGUUUGUUACAGAUACUAUGGCUGAUCCAGAGGGUAAUGGAAACCCUUUAGGUAAUGGACAGGGUCGAGUAAGGCAAACUCGACCCAUUGGACUUGGAGAUGCCCCAAAUCGCCACCAGCAAAGACAAGGGAUUGUUCCUCCUCCUGUCCAGAACCACAACUUUGAGAUCAAGCUGGGAAUGAUCAAUCUUGUGCAGAACAAUAUGUUCCAUUGGCUCUCAAGUGAAGACCCAAUAGAUCACCUUGAUGAGUUUGAUAGGUGA